AUGAGUAUCGCAAAGCCCGUUCACUUCUUCGACAUUGAUUCUAUUCUUCCAGGGCCUAUGAGAUCAUGGUCUUCCACCACGCUGAAGAUUCGGAUGGUCUUGAACUACAAAAAGAUUCCCUAUGUGCAGAGCUUCAUAUCAUAUCCUGACAUCGCUCCUCUUCUUGAAAGCUUCUCCAUCAAACCGCACAGCGAGGGCCGUGUGCAGUAUACCCUUCCAGCCAUCCGCCACCCGACAUCCAUCACUACCAAUCCUGCAGGUGCCAUGAUGGAGUCUCUUACCAUCGCGCACCAUCUUGAUACUCUAGUCCCAUCGCCGCCUUUGUUCCCUUCGGGCGCGGCAAGCUACGCGCUUGCCCUUGCCACGGAGAAGCUGAUGCUACGGGCCGCCAAGGAGGCGCUCUUCGUCUUGCUCCCCAAAGCGGGCGACGUCCUGGACGAUCGCGGCAAGGAGUACUUUUUAAGGACACGCGCCGAGUGGUUUGGAAAGCCCCUGGCAGAGCUCGCAGUGACUGACGAAGAGGGUAAGAGGCGCGCAAUCGACGCCAUGAAGGCAGAACUGGACAUUUUCUUGAAGAUGCUCACUGGAGCACAAGGUAAAAAGGGACCGUUCUUGGAGGGGGAGGUUGCUGGUUAUGCGGACUUCAUCUUGGUCACGUUCUUGUCUUGGAGUCACCGGGUAGACAUGGACAUUUGGAGAGAAACCAUGGAGAUGGGGAAUGGCGAGUUUCGGGCUCUCUGGGAUGCCUGCGUACCCUGGAUGGAAGGCCAAGGCGAAGAAGUCGACGCUAAUUAUUUGCAAGACUAG